AUGUAUCCCAUAUAUAUUACGCCACAAAACGAAGCAAACGAAGCAAACGAAGCUAAUGAAGCAAGAGAAGCAAAUGAAGCAAAUGAAAAAAUGAAGCUAACGAAGCAAAAAAAUGAAGCUAACGAAACAAACGAAGCAAACGAAGCAAAAAAAUGA